AUGCUUUAUACUUUUAUUGUUGUAAGAAAUGCCCUUUUUUCUCAAAUUGUCAUUGGGAUCACAGCCAAUGUCUUCCUCCUUCUCUUUCACAUCCUAAAAUACCUUCUCCAGCACAGGCCCAAGCCCACUGAUCUGACCAUUGCUCACCUGGCCCUCAUUCAUCUGCUGAUGCUAUUAAUCAGGACAUUACAGGAUAUAGACAUUUUUGGGAUUCAUGACAUUUGGGAUGACAUCGCAUGUAAAGCAGUUGUCUACCUGUACAGGCUGAUGAGGAACCUGUCUGUUAGCACCACCUGCAUGCUGAGUGUUCUUCAGGCCAUCACCCUCAGCCCCGCAAGCUCCUUUCUGGCAAAGUUCAAACUGACAUCUCCACAGCAGAGUCUGUGUUGCUUUCUCAUUCUCUGGGUGUUCAACAUGUUCAUUAAUGUUCGUAUUUUAGUCUCCAUGAAUGGUUCCACCAAUGCAACCUCAGGAUUUUACUUUGCCUCUGAAUCCUGCCCUAUUUCCCCCACAGAUCACUACUUCAAGACCUUAUUUGCCCUGAUAGGAAUACUCCGGGAUAUUUUCCUCAUAGGGUUCAUGGCCCUCUUCAGUGUCUACAUGGUGACCCUCUUGUGCAGGCAUAAGAGGUAG